UCAGGCUGCACGCUGCAGGUUGCAGCUGGGCAGAUCCGGCUCACCCUGGCUGAUUUGCUCGUCGGCUUCAUCGUCUUCUCCGGCGAGCUCUACGGCGGCGCCGUCGAGGGGAUGGACGCCCAGUCUAAUUGGAGAGCGGGGAUGGCGGCGUCGAGGAUCUCGUACAAGAACGCCACCAUCGCCGUGUGCGCCUUUAACCUUCUCGUUUCUGCCCUCCUCCUUCACAACAACUACUCGUCCUGGGCGGGCAUCCCAGGCGGCGACCAGUUCGAUUCUGCUCAGCUUCGGUAUAUAUGGGAAUCAGAAGAGUUGCGUCGUGCUAUGGAACCAGUGGAUUUGAUUAGAAGAGUGAAGGAAAUUGAGCAAGAAGCUUAUGGUGACCACGGCAUGGCAACACAAGAUCCUAAGCAGACUGCUGCUGUUGAUUUAUCAAAUAGGCUGAAAGAUUUAAGGGCAGGGAACGAUGGCAGCAGCCAAAAAGCUCUUGAAGAAUGGCGUAAACGGAAGAUGGAGCGUGCAAGGCAGCGAGCAAUAGAAAAGAAUGGGACAUCCAGUGCAAAAACACUAUGAAGCAAGAGAAGUAUUAUUCAGCACAAGGGAUUAUGUUAGAGGUUUGGAGUUGCUGUGGUAUGCAUUCAACUCUGUCUGUUCAGCCUAGUUGAGAGAAGCUGUGGUCUCCGUGUCUCCCAUGCUUGUAAAUUACAAUGUAUCAGUAUCGAUUUUCGUUGUAAAAAAUGGCUUCCUUUCCCCUGCUCACGUAAUAAUUAAAGAUAUACAGCAAGAUUUUAUUGUUUCAAGUCGUGUGAAGAGGUGCAAAAAAUUGCUUCACACUGUA